UUCCCUUCCAGUGUGAUAUUUAUAGGCAUUUUCCUCAUUGUAAUGUGUUAAAACAUGACAUACAAGAUGGCGUUGCCACUAUAGAUCCAUAUUUUUUUAGAAACGCACGGUCACAUUUUCCGUGCUUGGACCGACCGUCUGGAUUCGUCACAUGAUUUCACCUCUUUUCUAAACUGCAAGCGGACGGUUUUGGUCCAGUAUUUGUGGAGAGAGACGACGCAGAAGUUUUUCCUGACCGGCUCCAUAUGUCUGAAGACUCAAGCGAUGGCGAAUGGUAAUCCACAAAAAGGCAGGGAGAAGAUGCACAUCCAGAAGCAUUGAAAUGUUGGGAAUGUGGCAAAAAAUUCAGCAAAAAGCCAUAAUAUCACAGCCACCUGCCACUUAUGCAAGGUUACUUUCCGACGCCUGACGUCCCUUUCCAUGUACCUGGAUAAUGCACACUUGCCACCCCUCUGCAGAAAGUGCAAUCAGUAUUUCAGUAACUCGUGGGAGUCGAACAAGCAUGCGGAGACACACUGCAUCGGCCCGCGACUUCAAAAAGCUCCUCCUCUGAUUUCUGCACCCACAUUGUCCGAACUGUGGCAACUUUCCUCUUGACGGGACUGCACAGCAAAAGACAAAGGCAGUGCAUCGCAACUCAUUGUCUGAGUUGAGUUUGCAACAAAGAAUUAAGAUGACGCCUGAGAAAGCUGCGACAUCUGGAAACAGUGUGGAGUCUAUCGUGAGUGAAGAUGAUACAGAUAUUGACAGGGACAUGGAAAGCGAAUGUGAGAAAUCCGAUGACUCCUCCAGCACUGACUCUGAUGACGAAGAUAAGACACGCGCUAAAUCUCCAAGCUUGUGUCCAGAUGAUCCAGAAUCAGACAGUGGCUCAAGUUCCUCUGAUUCUUCCAGUGACUCCUCUUAUUGUCCAUAUUCAAAAAAGAAGAAGCCUGCAGCCGUUGCUCGUGUUGGUAGUUCAAUGUGUCAUGCAUGUGGAAGAGGACCAUUUCGGUCAAUGAAGCUCCAUUUGCUGCACUGUAGUGAUUUGAAGGUAAAAUUUCAGUGUUCAGUGUGCAAGAAGCUCUUUCUAACUGAGAGUUCUCGUCAGGAACACUACAUGCCUUUGUAUUCCUGUACAAUCUGUAGCCAAGUUUUCCCAAAUGAGAACUCGUACCAUUGCCAUCAGUGUCCCAAGGGAACCAAAUCACCUCUGGCCCUUUUUUGUUCAGAGUCGAUGCCGCCAGCGUGUAACAUAUGCAAAUCCUUUUUCACUUCGGAGAAAACUUUGUUCAACCAUGUUCACAUGGUUCACACAUCAGUGGUCAGCACCAAGGUGUGCAUUAUUACCAAUCCAUCCGCGUUGACGGACACAAAUGUUUCACCAGGGGUCCUUGGCACAGCAGCCCAGUCAGCCAACAGUCGUCCAAUUGAGGUCAACCAGGUGAAUGGAAAGCUCUGUGUUGGACAGACCUAUGCAGGGUCUCUGUCCAGCCCUUCCCUGGUGUCCACCUCCUCCCACGCAGACAGACCGUGUGCCACUAUAUGCACGGCGUCCUCAGCUGCAGCGGUUACGUCGGUGAGGGGCGGCGCCCAAGGUCCAAAGAACCAGUCCUUAAUCCGUCAUCCCGCACCUUUAAUUGUCCUUGCUGAUGCCACCGACACAAGUCACGCCCCUGCGGGAUCUGACGGCGUCACUCCACCAAUGCCCUCGAUCAUGGCCUUGUUUGAGAACGACAGCCACGACGUGGCCAUGAUGAAGCGUAUGAACGCAGGCUGGCGGUCCAAGACCCCUCACCCCUGCAGGCAGUGUGGUGCCAUCUUACGGCAGCCCUCCUUCAUCAUCAGCCACCGCUACCUCCACCGAGGCCACCGCUCACACAAGUGCCAGUGUGGUCGAGCGUUCAAGCACCAGCUGCACCUGCUGCGACAUUGCGUUCGGCACGCGGAGACCGUAAGCUACAUCUGUGUCAGCUGCGGGGAAACUUUCACAGGAGCCAAGCUCUUUGCUGAGCACAUGAGGGGCAAGUCACGGAAGAAAUCCUUUUCUGGACGUUCAUGGAAACAUAAAGUUAAGAAAAAGUGCCGGAUGCCCUUUACGUGCGACUGUGGACAACUCUUUUUGAGGCCUUCGGCUUACAUAUGGCACCAACUUAAAAACAGGACCAAAACUAAACAAUUGAAGAAGCCCUUGAAAUGACAAAGCCGACAAACCCCUGGUUUCUACUUGGCUUUUAAGUACUUUUCUCCAGCUAUGUGCACAACACUUUAAAACAAAGUGUUAAAUCAAGAAAAUUGUCGCGACAGUAUUUUCUUGUUUAAUUAUAAAUGACAAUAUUUCACACAAAAUCACAUUCAAACAUUCAAAUGCAUUAAUUCUUCAUGGAUUUUAAUUAUAUGAAUGUCCUGGAUGUAUGUUAACAUGUUUUUACCUCGUGCAAAUGAUACAUGAUACAGAUAAACAAGUUCCUGUUCUUUUCUUUUGACAAUACACAAGUGUACAAAUGAAUCCACAUGGAACAAUCUCCAGUAUUGGAUUAAAUUAAGACAUCAAGACUCCAGUUUAUCCUCCAGCGAAAGAGUUAAUCCAGUUUUGCCAUUGUUCUUCUCACAAAGUGCAUUCUUAACAGUGAGGUUUGUGUAAGAUUCCUCUUGCUUUUCAUAUUUGUUUUUACUCCAGCGGAAUCAAAUGUUAUAAGUAUGUGAGACAUUAUAGGGGUCUUAGUAUUUAGGUUAAAAUAGCAUGUCUGUUUUUGCAAGUUGUUAUAUAAUCUCCAUGAUUUCAAUGUCAGCUUUCCACAAUAUUAUGUAUUUUUGUGUGUUCAUGUCCACUAGAUGGAGCAGUUGUGUUGUGCUCAGAAAACUCACACCCAAGUGGCAUUGUUCUCAGAGCAGGUGUAAAGAUAAUUGGUGCAGAUAAUUACAACCAUAUACAUAAACAUCAAUAUAUGGGUUUUAGUUGUUAUCGCUUAUAAAAACCAAGGAUUUACAGUUUGAAAUAAAGUUUUCUUCCCACGAUACUUGAA